UCAGUGACUGUUCUGUCAGGGAAUAGCGCUUUGUUUUUAAAUUUCGAGUAAUAUUCACUGCAUUGUUCAUUUUCUAAUGCGCAUUGAUUGAAAAAUAUUCAUUAUUUUGUAUUAUCUUGUGCUUUUGUUGUGCUUUGUUCUGUUAUAAAUUGCUCUUAUUCCGACUAGCGUUCUAAAAUAAAAUUAAAAUUCUAUUGUCUAAUGAUGUCUGGAUCCGAUUCUCAUAAGUCAGAAACUACGAAAGACAAUAUAUCCACAAAUUCCAUUGAUGAAGGACUACCUCGAGAACUUAGUCAACUAAGUCUUUCCAGUUCAUCUAGUCAAGAUGAGUUCUUUUGUGAUAAGGGACACGCUGAAGUAGCCUUAAAAAAUAUUUACGGAUACUAUCAAUCACAGAAAUUGUGCGACGUAUUUUUAAUCGCAGAUGGAUGCAGGAUACCAGCACACAAAGUAUUAUUGGCAUCAUGCAGUGAGUACUUUGCAGCCAUGUUUACGGGUUCACUGCGUGAGGCUCAGUUAACGGAAAUAACACUUGAGCGCAUUGACUCACAGGCACUACAGGCUCUUGUUCACUAUUGCUACACAGGCACAAUAGAACUAAGAGAAGAAACUGUGGAAGUUCUCCUGUCAACAGCAAGUUUACUACAGCUACAUUCAGUAACAAAUGCAUGCUGUGCUUAUCUUAAAAAGCAAUUGGAUCCUUGUAAUUGUUUGGGAAUAGCUCUAUUUGCGGAACAACAGUCCUGCAUUGAUUUAAACAAAGCAGCUUUGAAAUACACAUACCAAAAUUUUAUGCAGGUUGUAAAACAUCAGGAGUUUUUAGGUCUACAAUCAGACCAAUUAUCAAGUCUGCUGAAAUCUGAUGAUCUCAAUGUGGUGACUGAAGAAAAUGUAUUUGAAAGUCUCAUGACAUGGGUACAACAUGACAGUGCUAACAGAGAAAAUUAUUUGCCAACAUUACUGAAGCUAAUUAAAUUACCCUUACUUUCGUCUGAGUACUUAAUAGAUAAAGUGGAACAAGCAUGUGGCAAUGUACCAGAGUGUCAACCUUUAAUUAUGGAAGCAGUAAAAUGGCAUCUACUCCCAGAAAGACGUUCACUGCUUUUCUCACACAGAACUAGGCCAAGAACUUCCACCAUUGGACGUCUCUUGGCUAUUGGAGGCAUGGAUGGCUAUAAAGGUGCUAAUAACAUGGAAAUGUAUGACCCACGAACUAAUACUUGGACUCCUUUCAUGAAAAUUGGAGCCAGGAGACUCCAGUUUGGUGUUGCAGUAAUGCAGAAUAAACUAAUUGUCGUAGGCGGCAGAGAUGGGCUUAAAACCUUGAAUACUGUUGAAUGUUUUGAUCUAACAUCUCUGAGUUGGAGUACUUUAGCUCCCAUGAACACUCACAGACAUGGGUUAGGUGUGACAGUAUUAGGAGAAGGGCCCCAUGCUCCAGUGUACGCCGUAGGAGGUCACGAUGGAUGGAUCUAUUUGAAUUCUGUAGAAAGAUGGGACGCGUGCUCGCGCACGUGGACGCUGGUGGCGCCGAUGAGCGGCGCGCGCAGCACGUGCGGCGUGGCGGCGCUGCGCGGGCGGCUGUACGCGGCGGGCGGCCGGGACGGCUGCGCCUGUCUGCGCUCCGUCGAGUGCUAUGACCCCGCCACCAACCACUGGACCAAUUGCGCCCCUAUGACCAAACGCCGCGGCGGGCUCAGCGUGUGUGCCGCCGGGGGCUAUCUGUAUGCAUUGGGAGGUCACGAAGCCCCAGCCAAUACCGUCGGCGGUAGACUCGCCUGCGUGGAACGUUACGACCCCGUCGCCGAUACAUGGGUACUGCUCGCGAGGCUGUCUUACGGGAGAGACGCCAUUGGAUCCUGUCUGCUUGGAGAUCGUAUCGUUGCUGUGGGUGGGUACGACGGUGUUCAGUACCUGUGCGUCGUCGAAGUAUACGACUCUGAAUCUAACUGUUGGCGCAAGCUCGCUCCUCUGAGCUCAGGCCGAGCUGGGGCCGCCGUCGUUGCAGUACCGCCGCCGAGGAAUCUGUUCUGAUACAACGAAAACCAAUUAUUAACUUACGUACUUGCGUCUUCGCGCGAACGUCCUUCGUCACCUAACUGUUUACCUAAAGAUGGCGUUUUGCCUCUCUAAAUAUCUGCCCAGUAAAGUUUGAGAUUUAAUAAUAUUUAUCAACCUUAAAGUGUUGUGAACUUCGUGCGGAUACAUUUAAAUAGCGUAUCUUCUAUCACAAUAGCAAUUAAUAUUUCCAUUCCAAAUAAUAAUGUUGAAAACGUAGAAGGCUACAGCGUUUUAUAAACUACAGCUUAUAAAAUACACAAUAAUGCAGAUGUUAGAGACGUAAGAGUUUCCUAAUAAAUCUAAAUUACGGAAAUAACAUGUUGAUUGAUCUCAAAGCAAAACAUUCAAAAGGAUUUAGUUUUUAUUAAUAUUUACUAUAUUUAGGAGACUGCUAGCUAUUAUCCUGUUUAUUCUUAAUUUUAGGUAUAUUUUGUAAUCAAUCUUAUAUAAUUAGAUAAUGGCGUUUUUUUUUAUGUAAUUAGAGCUGUUACGCAAAAAGUAAAAAAGAAGUUGCGUAACACAAAUAAUAAAAAAGAUGGACGCCGGGUAAGAAUUAACUUUUAUAAAUUAGAAAAAAUGUAGUGAAAUUACAAACUUAGGUUUUGUGAAUUUUUUCACCAAAUUUAUAGAUAUAUUUUUACUGAUGCCAGGACGUAUUAUGCGCUCCCCCCUAAGUAACUACCACACCAUCCGAUCUAUUUUUACCGUGAAGCAAUCUUACGUUCUAAUUUGUAGGAUAAGAUAUUUCAAAUGGGUCUCUCAAGCAUUCACAUUGUGAUAAUGUUUAUUGGACACAGUAACCACUUUACUCUUAAGUGGGCCGUCAUGUUGUUCACAAAAACACACAAUAAAAAAGAAAAAAGGUACCAAGGUAGAAGUCGACAUCGCCUAAAAGAUAAGACGUACGUACGGCGCAUUCGUUUCGAACGAUGCAACUGUGUUUGAAUCCCGCAGGCGGGUACCAAUUUCUCUGAUGGAAUACGUAAUUAUCAACUGUUCAGGAUUGACUUCCACGGUGAAGGAAUAACAUCGUGUAAUAAAAAUCAAACCCGCAAAAUUAUAAUUUGCGUAAUUAUAGGUGGUAGGACCUCUUGU